GUUAGCAUCGGCCACGGCACGCGCGCGGAGCAGGCAGGUGGUCCUGAGCCAAGUUCACUGAGCGCCGAGUCGAGUCAUUAAACAACAAGCGCUCUGAGGAGCCAUGGGAUAACGGAUGUCGCCCGAGUCUAGCUGCUCUAAGUAUUAUGUUAAAAAGAGGAAAUGCGUUUAGGCAGCGUUUCCCACGACUUUGAUACACCCGAGAGCAUAUACCUCCCCGUUGUGUUCGUUUUGAACUCGUUUAAAAGUGUAGAGUGAGGAUUUGUUUAGUCAGGAUGGCGUCCGCUCGACAAGACUACGUCGCCCCGUGGUGGACUUACUGGCUUCACAACUUCCCACACGUUAAUUUCCAUUUCCAAGCAGUUGAUAGUGCCUUUAAACCGGGGGAAGUAAACUACCACCAGUCUCUGAUCUUUCUGGCGUGCAUGGCAGCUACGGGCCUGGGCUUGAGCCUGUUGCUGCUGGGUAUCUAUUUAAGUUGCCUGUGCUUCUGGCGUAGGAAAGAGGCAGAGGAGACCAAGAGGCCUGACACUUGCUGUGUCACAUGGGCCGCCGUGAUCACGGGCCUGGUCAUAUGUUCUGCAGUAGGAGUGGGUUUCUAUGGAAACAGUGAAACCAACGAUGGCGUCUACCAAAUGACCUAUUCACUCUAUAACACCAAUCACACUUUGGCUGGCAUCGAUAGCCAGGUGACUGGCUCUUUGAGCAACAUACAGUUACGGCUAAAGGAGCACCUGGCACGGCUGGAUGAGAUCUUUUCGCCUCGGCAGGACUACACCCAGACACUUCGCUUCAUGCAGCAGAUGGCUGACAAUAUCAUCCGACAGCUCACUGCCAUGCCCAACAUCAGCCAGGCCAGACAGGACCUUGAAACAGUCGCUGAUCAGGCCAGCUACAUCGAGUACUACAGAUGGCUGAUGUAUCUCCUGCUGCUGAUUCUAGACCUGAUCAUCUGUCUGGGAUGCUGUUUGGGGCUGGCGAAGCAUUCUCGCUGGCUGCUCACCCUUAUUAUGGUGUUAGCUAUGCUGACUCUUAUACUGAGCUGGGCAUCACUUGGGGUCGGCAUGGCCACUGCAGUGGGUGCCAGUGACUUUUGUGUGGCCCCUGACAAAUUCAUUGUGAAUCAAACAAAGGACUUCCUGCGUGAAGAUGUAGCCCAUUACUACCUUUACUGCAGCCAGACCCUACUCAAUCCUUUUCAGCAGCCGCUGACCAUCUUCCAGAGGUCCCUGACAACCAUGCAGAUUCAGGUCCAAGGCUUGCUACAGAUUUCUCUCUCAGUCUUCCCCACUGCUGAGAGGGAUCUGUUGGGCAUUCAAGGGAUUCUGAACACCACAGAAAUAAGCUUGCACCAGCUCACAGCCUUGCUGGACUGCCGUAGUCUGCAUAAGGACUAUCUGGAUGCCCUGGUGGGAUUGUGUUAUGAUGGCGUGGAGGGCCUACUCUACCUGUGCCUUUUCUCACUGCUGGCAGCCUGCGCCUUCUGCGCCAUGCUGUGCACCAUUCCACGAGCAUUUAUCCUCAUAGCCAACAGGGACAGGAACUAUGACGACAUAGACGAGGAGGACCCGUUUAACCCGCAGUCACGGCGCAUGGCCCCAUACAACACAAGUCGCACAAAUGUGCACAGCUUCUGCAGCUACAGCAGCAGCCUUGGAAGCCAGAGCAGCCUGCAGCCACCACCGCCAGCCGCCUCCACCGCUCCCCCUCCAGAGUACAUGAAUCAGUCAAUGCUGUUUGGAGGAAAUCCUCGAUAUGAAAAUGUGCCACUGAUUGGAAGAGGUUCACCACCACCUUCGGUCCCCCUUGUGCCACCAAAACAGCUCUGACCUGCUGAGGCAUGGACUCCACAAGACCUCUGAAGGUGUGCUGUGGUAUCCGGCACUAAGACGUUAGCAGCAGAUCCUUUAAGUCCUGUAUGAUGCAAGGUGGCGCCUCUGUUGAUCUGACUUGUUUGUCCAGCACAUCCCACAGAUGCUCGAUCAGAUUGAGAUCUCUGGAAUUUGGAGGCAUUAGUCUCAGAUGAGGGGGGCACGGUGGCUUAGUGGUUAACACGUUUGCCUCGCACCUCCAGGGGUGGGGGAUUAAUUCCUGUCUCCGCCCUGUGCGCGUGGAGUUUGCAAGUUUCUCAAACAAUUCCUGAAUCCUUUUCAUGGUGUGGCAGGGCACAUUAUCCUUCUGAAAGAGGCCACUGCCAUUAGGGAAUACCGUUUCAUGAAGGGGUGUACUUGGUCUGCACACGCGCCUUCGGUGCUGGACAGGGGUCAGCAUGGGCACUCUGACCGGUCUGCUGCUACCCAGAUCCAUACGCAGCAAUCUGCCAUGCACUGUGUGCAUUUCUGACACCUUUCCAUCAUAGCCAUCAUUAACUUUUUCAGCAAUUUGUGCUGCAGUAGCUCUUAUGUGGGAUCGGACCAAACGGGCUAGCCUUCACUGUCUACGCACAUCAGUGAGCCUUGGGCGCCCAUGACCCUGUCGCCUGUUCACCGGUUGUCCUUCCUUGGAUCAAUUUUUGUAGGUACUAACCACUGCAUAUGGGAACACCCCACAAGACCUGCCAUUUUGGAGAUGUUCUGACCCAGUCGUCUAGCCAUCACAACCUGGCCCUUGUCAAGGUCGCUCAGAUCCUUACACUUGCCCAUUUUUCUUUCACAUCAACUUCAAGAACUGACUGUUCACUUGCUGACUAAUAUAUUCGACCCCUUGACAGGUGCCUCUGUAACGAGAUAAUCAAUGUUAUUCACUUCACCUGUCAGUGGUUUUAUUUUUAAGGCUGAUCGGUGUAAAUCUACAUUAUGAAUGCCAAUGUGUUUUAUUGUAACCUAUUAUCAGGUUUGUCAUGCUAUCUCGAUAAUGAUAAUUGGAACACGACAGGAGAAACAAUAAUGCACACAGUUGUACAAUAUAAUAGGAAAUAAACAUAAUGUAUGCAUACACAAAUUCAGUACAAAAAUAAAAAUGCACAAAUACACUCAUGCAUGUAUACCCUGUGUGAAAUUGUGCAGAUUUAAGGUGGUGUGUAUCAGCAUGAUAUGAGUACAGGGACAAGGAAUCAAAGUCCCAUAAAGUGCAGUGUGUGCACGAGUUACAAGUGCUAAAUGUCUUAUUAUUCAUCGAUGCAAAAUAAAAAAAAGUGUCCGUAUUAGAUGUGUUAUUGUUAUUUUAUGUUAAAUUCAUUCGAAUUUUAAAAAAACCAUUCACGUUUAAUUACUAUUUUCCCCCUUUGUUUUAUUCAUUUCUGGAUUUAUAUCUACAGACAUGUAGAUACAGUAAGUGGGAUUCUUAAGAAAUACACUGUCUUUGUUAUUUGCCUUUGUCUUCAUCUUCUCUAUACCGCUUUCGUCCUAGGUGAUAAUAUCUGGUCCAACAGUGCAGUUGUUCUUCACUCAUCAUCACUAUGUUUCUCAGCACAGUCAAGCAGUUUGUUUCUUAUGGAUUAAAUUAGUCAUAUUAAGUCUCAUCCCCUCAGUAGUGUGAGCUCUGACGUACUGCUGUGUUCUUGUUGUUCAUUGUCACCCAUCCUAACUGCCACGGGAGGUGAGAAUCACCAGGAUACCUCCUUGGGCAAGUGCAUGCAAGACCUUCCAAAGCCACGACCUUCCAACAAAGUCACAUAGUGUCUGUAUGAUGAAGUAUUUCAUACACACUAACGGUCAAAAGUUUGCAGACACUUGAGUGAAAUGUUGCUCAUGAUCUUAAAAAUCUUUUGAUCAGAAGGUGUAUGAUUAAAUGUUUGAAAUCAUUGUUGUAGACAAAAAUAUCAUUGUACCAACAUAUUUAUUCCUUUCAUUAGAAAACUAACAUUUUAUUUACAAAAAAAAUAAAAAAUUAAUGGAUGACGGAGCGAAAUAUUCGAAAAAAGCAGUCAAUGACUGUCCAGCAUAGGUGGACAGUCUCAGGGAGAUUCCUCAAGAAAUCGGUUGAGAAAAUGCCAAGAAUACAUUUCUGGAAAUUCUAGUCAAAAAGGGGCACACAGCUAAUUAUGGCAACUGGUUGCACUGGAACUCAUUUAGGGGCUUGACAGCAACGGAGGUGAAUAUUUCUGCAAUCCUAUUUCAAUAUUAUGGACUGCUUGUAUAGAUCCAUCAUUAUAAUGUGAGUAUAAAACGUAAACAAGCCACUGUACGCACUGCUAAUUCCCUCGUGCAUGUAUGGGACUUUUAAAGGGCUCCCGGUGUCCGCUGGCUUCCUGCUUCAUGACCAUGACGCUCUUUCACUUAGCGUCAACGGCUUUGUCAAUACACAUACAUUUAGGAGUUUGUAGGUCUUCGGAGCGCAGCAUCAUUUCCUAUAAUAUGAUUGGGAACUCUUCGAGGUAUGCUGUAUCACAGGCUGCCUUUUAAAGAGUGUUUCCUUUCAAACCCUCCACCCUUCAGGAAGAGGGUUUUAAGUGCCCUUUUAAACAAAUACAGUAUAUGUAACAAAAUAUGCAGAACAUAUUGGUAUGUAUGGUCUGUGUGCCUAGAUAGUAUACUGUCGAUAGUAUGUCGGUAAUGUGCAGAUCCUAACUGUAAACAUGGGAAUAUGUGCAUUCACGGUGUAAAAAUAAAAAGUAGCUGUAUGCAGUUGCAGUGUCUGAGCAGUCCACUAUAGACAGGUUGAAGCAGAUAAAGCAGCAGUACAAAGUAGCAUUAAAAAAAAAUUAUAUUUAAAUUAAAGGUAAUAAAUUAGUAUGUGUAAUAAAUAUGUACAAUAUUUCAAUAUAUUGCACAAAGACAACACUUAGCCCUUAGCAGCUAUGAAGUGGUAAUAGUGUUCAUAGAAAUAUUGCAGCAUGCCCAAAAGUGACAGAAACAUGUGUCCAUGAGUGUCCUUGGGCUGUCAAUGGGGUGACCAGUGUGUGGGAGGUAGUGGAGGCAUGAAUGACAGAGAGGAAGAAGAAGUAAUGACUGGAUUACAGUUUGUUCAGGAUCCUGAUGGCCUGCAGGUAGAAACUGUUCUUCAGCCUGCUGGUUCUGGAUUGAAUGCUGCAGUACCAUCUGCCUGAUGGCAGUGUGGUAAACAGUGUGUGCUGGGUGAUUGUGGUCUGUGGUGAUUUUGCGAUCAUUCCUCAGACAUAUUGUGUGGACGAUGUCCUGUAAGUCUGGGUGUUUGUUGGCAGUAAUGUUGCAAUAGUUGUAAACUGCAUAACUAUUACAUUUGUAUCUGCGUAACAGUUUGUUACAGCAGUCGGAGUUACAGGUGCAUUGUCCUCCAAAGUAGUCGAUAGCCUCGCUUCACAGCUGCGGUGAAUGUAUUUUCAUUUUUCGGAGUAUUUUCAGAACUCUAGGUCUACUACAUUGAGUACUGUUCUGUCGCUCAGUAUACUUGAUGAGGGUUCCUUCUCAUUGCCAUCAUGGGUCUAUAACAAUAGUAUUCAUAUCAAACACUACACCAUGUGAUCACUUUGUGACUUUGUUGGAAGGUAUUGGUAUACGGACACGCAUGCACAAGAUGGUAUCUGGUUCAUUGUGACCUCCCUUUGAACCACAGUUGCAUACGUAACUGGAGAUUUUAUUGUUUUUGUUUAUUUUGUCUCAGACUCAGAAUGCUCCUCAAUCCCACAUCUUCACCUCUGAUUGAAUUGCUUCUGAAAGUGUUUCUACCUGCCGUUGUUUUUAUUCUAAAUAUCGCAAUGAUCUGAUAGCACACAAAAUACAGUGCUUCUUGUCCAAUGCCCAUUCACCAUGAUUAAUUAAAAAUAUUUUUAUGACAUAUGAUGGCAGAUAAAUGGCAGCUCAUGGAGGUUCUGGUUCAAUGCUUUUC